GACAUUCGAUUGCGAUCGAACUUCAUUGCAUUCGCGCCCCAGAAUCAAUCACAACAGUGUCUUGUCAAAACAUUUACUUGGGACAGUUUGUGUUUAUCUGGGGCUCUUUUCGUGCUCACGGUGUUCAGAAACUAUGCCCUAAAAUCCUCAAUCAGCAGUGUGUGUUCCCGAAAUGGGUGCCUUACUUUCAACCAGGCAACGGAACGGUGUGGAAGAGGUGGACGUCGUGCCCAACCAUGCCUACAAGUACCCACCUAGAGCAGGGAACUAUUUCGGUAGCCACUUUAUAAUGGGUGGUGAACGGUUUGACACGCCCCAGCCAGAAUCCUACCUGUUUGGAGAAAAUACAGAUUUGAACUUUUUGGGAAGCCGCCCCACACCGUUCCCUUAUCCUCCACCUCAGCCCAACGAGCCGACUAAAACCCUGAAGUGCUUGGUGAACAUCAGGAAAGAGUCGCUCAGGUUUGUGAGGGCGUCCAGCGAAUUCAACAAAAUCCCGUCGGACAAAAGCGAACUAUCAGACUUGGAGAUUGGAACAAACAGUUCGUUUAACAUAGAGUUUAUCUUCGACUGCAAUGUGCCCUGUGCGAUAACGAUUCAUUAUUUGUGCAACGAAGAGGUGAAUGCAAGUGGAGUAACGUACGUCCCUCGAGAUCCGCAGCUUUCCUCGGAAACCUUCCACUAUAAAAAGGGGGCGAAUCAGCAGUUUUGCCAGCCGACCCAUGUGUUCAAUCCGGCCAAGUUCUCAGAAGACGAGCUUCAGUACGACGUGGAUAGGGAACUGAUCCCCAUAGCCAUACACUGCGUUACUGAAGAAGGCCCUGAAGACAUGCGGCAAUCGCACACAACAAUAGGAACGGUGGAAAAAAUUGCGGAUGGAAUCUUUCUGCUAAAGGCUCUGAAGCAGAAGCUGUGGGUUGAUGGGCUGUUUUAUCUUCUUCAAGAAAUCUACGGCAUUGAGAACAAGAACAAUGAAAAGGCUGGCGGCGAUGAAGACACCGAGGACAACGGCUCGGAGUGCGUAAUUUGUAUGUGCGACGUGCGGGACACCCUAAUCCUGCCCUGUAGGCAUUUGUGUCUAUGCAACUCCUGCGCGGACUCGCUCCGUUAUCAAGCGAAUAAUUGCCCGAUCUGCCGAGCUCCUUUCAGAGCUCUGUUGCAGAUCAGGGCUUUGCAAAAAUGCAGCACUCCCAGCCUUGCGCCCAUUAGUCAACCAGAUGCAAAUUGCGACAACGUUCCCCCAGGAUACGAAGUGGUUGCGCUCAUUGAGGCCUUAAACGGGCCUUGUCAGCCUCGGCAACCCCCAUCGGCAAUUCCCGAUUUAAUUGAGUCGCCCGAUAACGAAAGCUCAGCGGAAACGGUUUAUGUUCUAAACCGCCAGUUGCAGUCCGCUAAAAGCUGCAGUCAGCCCACCACGCCUGAAUACGUUUCCAAAUCCGCCGUAACAGUGCUGACGAAUAGAUCUGAAGACGACAGCAUGAAAGAAACGCAGAAGUGUCCUCUUUUGCGCGAUGAAAAGGAGCUAAUGAUUCGAUGUAGGCGGCAAAGAGACUCCGUCAAGGUGGUGAACGAAAAGGAAAAAGAAGAUAUCUUCGAUGAGGACAGCGAGGCCGAAAAACUCUCACCACUGCUCCAGAGGAACAAGCCAAACAUGACGCGAUCAGCAACGCUAGCUUUGCACAUGGACGAUGUUAUUGAUCACAUUGAUCAAGAAGAUGCAAUGAACAAUAUCGACAGUACGACGGGCAGAAAAGACAAAAGCGCAAAAUAUGAAAAGGGAGAGGAUUCGGACUAUUACACGCCAGAUGAGCCGUCCGCGCCAAUGUCCAGCGCGAUUUAUGAAUCUCAAAGUUCGGGCAAUGCUUUGAGCUCAUUGGACAGCACUCCGCAUAAACUGCCCGGAACACCAAUCAGCACUGCCAGCGCAAAAAGCAGCGGCGAUAGUUUCACAAGUGGAGAGAGCACCAAACAGCUGCUAACUGCGGGCAAAGUUGCCAGUGAUGGGGACUGUUCCGUGCAUAUUUAAGGCAACGUUAAUCGACCGGAGAACAUUUACCCGAAAUUGGGGAAUUGUCCUUGCUUCAAGCGCCUUCAAAGUUCAAUAUUUGCAUUGAGAUUCACACAAUUUGAACAUGAAUCCGCAUAAUUUACUUUGCAGACUCAUUCGGCGAAUUUCGCCACAGUCAUUGUUCUGGUUUAGUCGAUUUUUGAAUCGUAGAUUUUACAUUUACAAAGCUCCAAGUGAUCAAGUUUUGAGAUUAGGAAUAGGCCUUAAAGUGCACUUUUCCGCAAUAGUAAAUUGAUUUUGAGAAGUAGCCUUUGAAACAUGCCACAUUAAUGAGAUUAAAUUCCAUUUCUCUACACAUGCUAGUCUCUAAUGAAAUUAGUCAGUCAGAUAGUCUGCACAAAUUGCAUUGCAAAGCCCCGCGUCCAUUGCAUUUAAUUCGGUGUUGAGGCCGAUUAUUUAAUAUUUUAAUUGUUUAACCCCCUUGGCUAUAUUUAUUUUGGUUGCGGAAUAGUUAAUAUCAGCCUCACAGGCAGGUAGAGUUAAGAACUGAGCAAUUGAUGUAGUUAUAUUAUAAAUAAAUCAAGUAGAUAUUG